UGCGGAAGAUAGUCACGUUCAGUUGGCUGCGAAGUAGCUCGCGUUUAAACAAUCCAAAUAAUAGGAAAGAUAUAUCUUGAACCAAUCACACUUGCCACACUUGCUCGAUUGCAAAUACAAAAACACACAUAUUUUUUUCGAGUGAUAACCCAGUGAGACAAAGCCAAAUUAAAAUAUACCCACACCAAAGACUAGUUCAAACCAAUCGAAAAAAAAAAACAAAAACAAAAGAUGCGGCCAUUUGGCAACGACAUAACAAACAUCCCGAACGGUGGUAAUAAUGGUGGUAAUAAUGGUAGUAAUAAUGGCAACAACGAUCCCAACGACGGCAACGACAACCGGAACACCAACAUCUCCAGUGAGGAUCCCAGCGAGGAGUCCGGACUAUCGGACGAUCCGAGUAUUCCGCCGCAUAUAGCGAGGAUCGGCGGAAUCGUUACCUGCCCCCCGAUCGCUGGACAAGGAGUUAUCCGGGUGGUUCAGCGGUGCGAGGACGCCAAGGAGAAUCACAAGCUGGAUCUUUCGAGCUGUGAACUGAUGCAAAUACCAGAUGCAGUGUAUCAUCUUAUGCGAAACACAGAGUUGAUCACCUGCAAUCUCAGUGGCAAUGUGCUCAAAAGCGUUUCGCCCAAGUUUUCGCAAAAGUUUAGCACCAUCACAGAUCUUAAUCUGUCACACAACAAACUUUCGAGGCUGCCAGAAGAAUUCGCCAGCUUGUCUGCGCUAACCAAGCUGAAUAUCUCGAACAACUCGUUCAUCGUUUUGCCACAAGUAGUCUUUAAGCUUCAGAGUCUUGCCAGUCUGGAUGCCCAGAACAAUGCCAUUUUGGAAAUUGAUACCGAUGAGGCAAUUACCAGUGACAAUUUGGCCCUCGUUGAUCUUCGCAAUAAUCCGCUGAGCAGAAACUGCCGACGAAAGCUGCAGAACUUCAAGACCCCCUUCCUCCUUGAGAUCUCCAAGGAUGUCGAUGACGACUGGUAAACCGGAUGUAUGUCCUGUCCAUCCAUUUUCCAACACAGCACACACAAAUCUCUCGUUAUCUCGAAAGAGAGCGCCCUAAACGGCCCUCCUUCAACUUAUUUAUUCUGUUUAUAAAAUCUAUAUAUAUAUUUAUCAAAAACCCA